UCAUUCUCAACUCAAGUCUCGUCAGCCCCACAGCUGAUCUCUGAAAAGCUGACUCAUUGUUACCCUUUCUAGUGUGUGAUGCCCGGUUAUAAAAAUUACAUGUGUAUUGGUUUUGUUUUCUGAUAGGCCUAAUAGAGUUUACUCUCUGAGAAACGAUUUUAAUUUCCUAAAAUUUGUGAAUAUUUUAAAAAACUAUCCGUCUUGUUGUUGUUGGACACAGUUUGAAUCAGUCACUGACAUUGCCGGCGUCUGUCACUUUACCGAUUCAUAGUCUAGCAUGUAUUGCUGCAUUACAGUCACAGUCAGUAAGUUAGGUCGCUGUUGUUGAUUGUUAUAAAUUUGUUGAUAUCCGUUUCAUGUGUUAUGAUGUUACUUCAACUGAAGAUCUUAGGAUACAGUAAUUGAUGGAGAGGACUUAGCUUCAAAGGCUCUUUGAAGAAUGCCAAGCUGGAAGAAAAUGGAGUGAGAACAGGUUUGGAAGCAGCAAUAUCAAGUUGAUCAAGAUGUUGUGUCUGAAAAAAGUGUAUCGUGAUGAACUUCUGCAGCUGGCAAUUUUGCUAAGCUUGCUACGGGUGGACAGGAGAUCCUCUCUAAGUUACGACUACGACUCACCAGCUAUCGGUGUAGGAAUAGACGACAUUCAGGGGUGGGAACACUCACACUCCCUCGUUCGCAGAGAUGUGCAAAUACACCCCAAGAACCUAGACUCAGUCCUUCUCAACUAUGAACAACAAGUGUUUGAUGAUCUCAAUUCCUUGGGCAGAUACAACAGGAUAAACUCACUUCAAGAUGUUACUGCCUACUUACUAAACAUUGACGGGAAUAACGAAACAAAUGACUCUGAAAGUUUGAAUAACACACAUUUGUUGAAUCGUACAGAUGAAGCGUCUAGGACGAGUGAAGGUGAUACCGCUAGUGGUCUUGAUUUGAGUGAGGUAGAUGUAAAAUUAGAACCUGGUGACAGUGAUUUCAAUCAGUAUUCAUUAAACGAUACAUUAUUUGGUGCCAGCGAGUUUUUAUUGAAGGCUGAUGAGGAUUACCAGACGGAUACGUUUCUUGACAGUUUAGCUGUGGAGUCAAAAGCAGAACCUAGAAUUGGAGAUGAACUAACUCAGGAGGACAUGGAGCUGAUAGAGGUGUUGUGGAAGCAGGAUGUGGACAUGGGGCUAACAGUGGAUCUGCUCCAGUCACAACCUGCAGACCCGACACUGACCAAGCCUGGGCCGGACCCGGACCCUAAGGCCAACACUACCCUCUCUGAGCUGCUGGACCCAGACCCUCUGGACAAGCUACCUGAUUUGGAUGAUUGGGAUGGUCUGCCCUACACAGUGGAUGAGGAAACUGGUGAAUAUGUUCUGAAGGAGGACAUCAAUGUGACUUCUCUGUCUGUUGAUGAUCCACCGUCCGCCCUCCUUCAGGAACCCGACUUCUCAUUGGAACAAGCAUUUGAACUUGUCUGCCUUGAUGAAUCUUGCACUGAGUUGGAAACAAGUGCUGAAGCGAAGCCAGACAGUGAAGAAACGAAGAAAGAUUCUGAAGACGUAUCUACAUCAGAUGCUGCUGAAGACUUGGAGUUGCUCUCUGAAAUGAUUCAGACUCCUCAGUACCAUGCUCGCCCUUUCCAGGGCCGCAUGCCGUAUGUGCGCACCAUGAGUAUGGAACAAAGAUGGCAAGACUUGGCUAACCUGCUCAGUUUACCAGACCCCAGCCAUGCCUAUCACCACUUCCACUCCUCUGGUGGGUACCCCGGGGGCCCCUCGUACCCAGGGGGGCCCUCGUACCCCUCGGACCGCAGUGUGUUGCUCCACAACGCCACCCUCGCGCCCCCUGUGGGGGAAAUCAACAGCUCCACUCCGUAUCAACCACUCGGUGGAGGUUCGAACCUAGGCAAUGCUGUGGCCACCUCUAUGAACCUGACCAACAGCAGUGAGCCCAUGGGAGGGGAACAGCACAGUGUCAACUUCAAGGUGGAGAACCCCCAUGACAUGAUGUAUUACCAGAAUGGAAGCAGUGGAGAGAUGAACCAUACCACGGACGGCUUCCUGUCAUCCAUUCUCAAUGAUGAGGACCUGCAGCUGAUGGACAUGGCGAUGAAUGAAGGGAUGUACACAAUGCGGAUGCUGGAAGGCAGUAGCAAUGCGACGGCGGCCGUUGAGCGAGCUACAGACUCAGACUCGGCUGUCAGCUCCAUGGGCAGUGAGCGAGUCCCGAGUCUCUCCUCUGACACUGAAUGGAUGGAGACUAACUCUGACUCAGGCCAUACUCCUGCAGAUCACUACGCCACCGACUACCAUGGAAAACUAAGGUGGUAUGACUACAGUUACCCAGGCCGUGGUCACGUCAAUGCUACUGAGGUAGGCGCUGUGAGCAGACUGCCUCAACCUUCCGUAGCUCAGAAAAAACAUCACAUGUACGGGAAGCGGUACUUCCAGGAACAGGGCGCAGGUUCGAGCUCCAACAGCAGUAUGGGUGUGCCGUCUGGGGUAAAGUUUGACUAUGGCCCCUCCCCCAGUGAGGCCAGUCCCUUCCCAGGGAUCCAUCACCAAGGGGACCCCUCCAAACCUGGCCCUGAGACCAAGUACAGUUGCAGCGUCGAGUUCACUAGGCAUCUUCAUACUGGAGUGAGACCAGCUGAUCAUCAUGUGAUACACAACCACACGUACCAUCUGCCUCCCGACCAGACCGGGGCCAUGCAGAGACCUGUGGCUCGUGACAAACAAAAAGGACGAAGAAGUGAUGAAGAACCAUUGACUAGAGAUGAAAAGCGAGCUCGAGCAUUGAAUGUUCCCAUCCCUGUGUCUGACAUCAUCAACCUACCCAUGGAUGAGUUCAACGAGCGAUUGUCCAAGUAUGAUCUUAGUGAAUCACAACUAUCCCUCAUACGGGACAUCAGACGUCGAGGGAAGAAUAAGGUUGCUGCUCAAAAUUGCAGAAAACGUAAACUUGACCAAAUAAUGAACCUAGCAGAUGAAGUUAAGCAGAUGAGGGACAGAAAACAUAGAUUGAUGCGGGAUCGAGACUACUUAGUAACUGAAACUCAGAGGAUGAAAAACAAAUACACUCAGCUCUACAGGCAUAUCUUCCAGGCUCUAAGGGACUCUGAGGGCAACCCAUACUCUCCGUUUGAGUGGAGUCUGCAGCAGUCAGCAGAUGGGUCAGUGUUGUUGGUACCGAGGUCUAAUGCCUCCACCUCACUGGGUGACCCGUCGGAACUCAGACCCAAGCACCACAAAGACACCCAGGACCCCACCCGGAAACAAUAAGACAAUCAGUGAUGCAGAGACCCUGUGCAUCUGCUGUUUGCUUGCAUAGAUAGGAUUUAAAUGCUAUACAAUUUUGCUUCUAGCAAUUAAUUGACAAUAAUACAGUUUUUUUUCUCAAACCCUUUAGCUUACUCGCAAUAAAUAUCAUCAGGAGAGGCCAAAAAAAGAAUGUUAACAUAAAAGGACUUAGUAAUUGAUUUGCAAUUACAGUUAAUCAGCUUUGUGAAAAAAAGUUGUUUGGUGUUGAACUAAAACUGAGAUUUGUGUGCAACAUCAUUCAUUUACUUGUUUUGUAUACUAAAUAUUUUAUAAUUGUGUGCUUUUAUAAGCAUUUAAACUACCAAGUGGAGUAUUGUUAUUAUUUUCUUUAUAAAAGAUAUUGUACUGAAUUUCAUUUUUUUUAAGAAAACAAAUGUUUGAAUUUUAGUACUUAUGUUUAACCUAGAUAGUUUAUAGUAAACAAUUUAUUUAGUUUUUUAACCCCUUUAUCUUCAAUAUUAUGUAAAUAUUACAUAUUUUAAAGCGGAUUAAUUAAGUUUCUGUGUUUGAGAAAGGGUUUGUUAUUUUUACUAUUUAUUAAAAAACUUCACAACAUUUUGUACCAAAAAUUUGGUACUCUUUAUUUAAGGUUGCAAGACCCACAUUUGUGAUAUAAAGAAAUGUGCAUAUUUGAAAAUUUUGUAAAUAGUUGAAUAAUUUGUAUAUUGGUAAAGAUUUUAAGUGAAACAUCAAUAACAGAGUUAUAAAGGCAGCUUGAAUUUAUUUUAACACGAAUACUCUGUUCACUUGAUGUUAAGCGUUGUAAAUAAAAGCAGUAACCAGAGUCAUUUUUUAAGUUUUCUUCAGUCCAGUUUUAAGUUAUAAUUCCUGCCAAACCAUAUUUUAUAAUAGCACCUGUAACUUUACUCGGUCAAUGAAAUUAAGCUGAAGCCUUGUGUUGAUUUUUUUGUUGUGUAUUUGGAUGUCUUUAUGGAUCCAAAGCUCGCCUUGGAGAGUAGAGAGUGUGAUUAUUACCUUUAGAAAUUUGUUUUUAAAUCUAGUGAAGAAGUCUGAAAUAAACAUUAGUUUAUGUUUUGUUUUAAGCAUAAAACAAACAUAACAAUGUUGGCAAUUUCAACAGAUGAUUCAGUUGGCCGUUUACUACCAAAGUCACAAAAGUUCAACAAAUUCGCAAUUGGUAUUUUUUUACAAAUUUAUUUUUUUAAUCACUAUUCAAGAAGACUCAGUGAUUUUUGUUACUUGUGUAUGUAACCACUUCAUUAAAAAAAUAAUUUGGGAAUUUAUCUCGUUUAUACAUGUAUAAAUUUGGUGCACUUAUUUUCAACAUUUUUUUAUCAAUUUAAAGUGAAAAGCAUUUAAGUCUUAGCACUAACUAAGGUUUUAGUUUUUUCUUUUGAGUAGUAUAGUAGUUUAAUGUAUAGCAACAUCCACACUCUGGCAAAGUCACUAGAUGUCAAUCAUUAAAGUUUUUUAAUUAUUAUUUUUCUUUAUUUAAUAAAAUAUUUAUUAAAAAUCUAUUAGAAAGAGUUGAACUGUGAAACUGGAAAUUUGUGUACAAUUGUUAUAAGAUUGAUAAACAGAAUCCCAUAAAAUAUCAGGUUAAUAUAUAAAUAUUAUUGUCAUACACAAUUGUGGAUUUUGCUAUUUACAGUCAAAUAUGGUGUUUAAGUACAGGAUGUAUCUAUUUAAAUAUUUUACUUUGUACCUGUGCUUUCUAUGGAAUUUAAGUUGGUCUGGGUUAAAGGGUUUAACCUUACCUUACCUCGUCCUCGUAGGCUCUCUCUAGACUGAAUUCAAAAUGUAUAUUCAAAAUAAGUGUUACAACUAGUUUUAUUUUAUAAAUUAUUAGAGCAAAUAUUUAAACAUUUUAUUUUUAAGUUUCCUUACUGGUUUGGUGUUUCUAAAAGUGUGCAAUUAAUGCCUUUGACAGUUUUUAAAGGCUAGACUUUAAACACAAAUACAAAACUAUCAUGUUAAUAUACUGAGACUGGAAUAUCUGUAUGCUGCACCAGCAUCUAGUAAGUCCCUGCCUUACUGCAUUGUGUAGUAUUUUGUAAAUAAAUAGUGACUUUAAUGUGUACAUUAACUAUUUUUAUAAGGGUGUUCGUAUUGGGUUUAUGCUCACAAACACUGAUCUCUGUAUAUAUUGUGUAUUUUUUAACGACGUGUCUAUUCUUUUGUAUUGUACAAUUAUUGUCCUUUUGUUGAUUUCAGAGUUAUAUUGUAAUAAAGUGAUGGGCUAUCUAUCCUCUA